UGAUGGUGAAGGGGAGGAUUUCUACUGUGCAGCGUUUGCUGGAAGGAAAACCCUGUAGGUGAAGCCAUAUGGGUUCUCAGUGGCAUGGUUUAGUGGCUUCUUGGCUUAACAGUUUUCGGGCGGGGAGUGUGCAAGGGUGUGUUUUAGGAGGGCUCGACUGCUCAAGAGAGCUUGAAUAGAUACGUUUAGAGAAGCAGCGCUUUCCAGGAAUUUAAAUGAGACCCUUUUUUUGUGGUUGCUUUUCGAGGCUCUUCUGUUAGUUCUAUAUUUGCUUUUGCAGCUUGCUCUUAUCAAUAGUUAGGCAGCUGUGCUAGCAUAUAAAAAUCGACCUUCUCAAAGGAAAAAAGAAAGUCUCGGCGAAUUCACCUCUGCUAAGCGUCUUGCAAACUUUCUGAACUUUAACCCCUUUGCAAUGAAACUUUCCAGGAGUGGCGUCUGCAUCCAGGUUUCAUUUUCCUUCACCAAUACUUCAAGGCACAGAGGAGGUGGUAAAGGCAUUGCCAUGAAACCUAACUUGAAGCAAUGGAAACAACUCAUGCUUUUUGGUAUCUUUGCAUGGGGCCUGCUUUUCUUGGUGAUAUUCAUCUAUUUUACAGAUAGCAACACUGCUGAACCAGUUCCAAGUUCCUUUUCUUACAUUGAAACCAAGAGACUUCUGCCCCUUCAGGGCAAGCAGAGAGUCAUCAUGGGAGCCAUUCAUGACCCAUCAUUCUCUGAAACCAUUGAUGGGAACGAGGUACUUCUUAAUGAAGAUCUCCUAGGUACUUUUAAAUCUGGGACUGCAAAUUCUAAGAAAUGGACUGUAUUGGAAGAGGACUUUAGAAAUGAAGAUGAGUUUCUCCCACCCCAGUUAGGAAGAAAAUCAAAAAGUGCUUUCUAUCAAGUGAAUGAUGAUUAUUUAUUUGCUGCUGGUCAGCCUCAGUCACACAACCGCCUUCAAGAGAUGGAAAACUUCAUUUCAGCUGAUGUGAAUAAUCCAAAAGGAAAUGUUUUACAGAGCAACUGGAGCCAUCAGAGAAGAACGAGGAGAAGGAGCACAAAGCAUAGGAGAGGCCAGAUACUUAAUGAAUCUGAUGACUGGGAUGGGCUGUAUUCCACAAUGUCGAAAUCCUUUCUUUACAAGCUUUGGAAAGGGGAUGUCUCUUCCAAGAUGCUAAACCCUCGACUGCAGAAGGCGAUGAAAGAUUAUUUGAGUACCAAUAAGCAUGGGGUGCGGUUCAAGGGGAAGCGAAACUCCAAGUUGACAGGAGACCAGCUAUUCUGUGAGCUAAAAGAAAGAGUGAAUGUGAAAACAAUAGAUGGCAAGGAGGCUCCCUUCUCCACUCUUGGAUGGGAAAAGCACGUUCCCCAAAUUCCACUGGUCAAAUUAUAUGCACAUGGGUUUGGGAGCUGUGCAGUAGUUAUGUCUGCUGGUGCAAUACUGAACUCCUCUCUGGGGGACGAAAUAGAUUCUCAUGAUGCUGUUUUAAGAUUUAAUUCUGCUCCAACACGUGGCUAUGAAAAAGACGUUGGCAAUAAAACAACCAUGCGGAUCAUUAAUUCUCAGAUUCUCACCAAUCCCAACCAUCACUUUGUCGACAGCUCCUUGUAUAAAGAUGUUAUUUUAGUAGCCUGGGAUCCUGCUCCCUACUCUGCAAAUCUGAAUGUGUGGUAUAAGAAACCAGACUACAAUCUGUUCACUCCCUACGUGCAGCAUCGCAGGAAGAAUCCAACCCAGCCAUUCUACAUCCUCCAUCCAAAGUUUAUAUGGCAGCUCUGGGACAUCAUUCAGGAGAACACUAAAGAGAAGAUACAGCCCAACCCUCCUUCUUCAGGGUUUAUUGGUAUCCUCAUCAUGAUGUCCAUGUGCAAUGAAGUGCACGUGUACGAGUACAUCCCUUCAGUGCGACAGACCGACCUGUGCCACUACCAUGAACUCUACUACGAUGCAGCUUGCACCUUGGGGGCCUACCAUCCCCUGCUCUACGAGAAGCUCCUGGUGCAGAGGAUGAACAAAGGUUUGCAGGAUGAUCUGUAUCGGAAGGGGAAAGUCAUUUUGCCAGGGUUCAAAGCUGUCAAGUGCCCCAAACGAAAUAAUUUCCCACACUUCUGGAAGUAAUUAUUUCAGAAAAAAUGUGCAAUAAGGUACUACUGUUGUACUAUAAAGAAGAAGAGAAUACUUGAAAAAAUAUAUCUUAGACCAAUCUAGUCUUGAGUCUAUAAAUUGUAAUUAAGUAGCAGGCGUGAGAAAUUCUUCUUUUCUGAGCCUGAGUAUUUAUUACUGCUUUGCAAAUAGUUACAGAAUAAAAGCAAAAGCUUAGUUCAUGAAGGUGCAAAGGACAUACUUAGGCAGAAAUAUAAUGUAUCAUUAUUGGUGUGACUGUCAGAAUUUGUCGGUGGUCUCAUGCCACGUAUGCUAGACUGUAAGUUUUUUUAAACGAAUUUAUUUAAUUGUCAAACCUGGCAUUGUGAAACAGCCUCCGUUGUUCAUGUAUGUACAGAGCGGCCAGUUGAACAAUGCAGCAUUUCCUGUGACUCCAUGGGAUUUUCAGAAUGAAGCAAUUGCUACUCCAAGCUAUUCAGUAGUGCAGUCCUUCACUAGAGCAGACUUUAGUGCCUGUUCCUACACAGGCUCAGUUCCAGGCCUCCAGCUGAACAGGGGUUUAGGGUGGCCCUGAAGUGUGUGCAGUCAGAGAUGGCUGCACACAGCUAAACCAGUUAAACCACUGGAUGUGGUUUUGGAUGCCAGUCUCCCAUGCUCACACUGACUGAAGAGGGAAGAGAGAAA